AUGAAUGUGACAUGCUUGUCUCAUUCCAAAAUUAUAAGCUCUGAGGCAAGUGAAAGUGCACUCAUACAACAUCUUUCAAGGCAUAGAGGGCCUGUUCGAGGCCUGGAAUUUAAUUCUCUUUCGCCUAACCAUCUUGUGUCUGGGGCUGAUGAAGGUGAAAUCUGUAUAUGGGAUAUCUCAAAACCUGCAGAACCUACCCAUUUUCCUCCUCUCAAGUUGGAAGGAGCACAGUAUGAGAAGUUUUGA